AUGGCGAAUGGAGAAUUCCGAUUUUCUAAAUUUAUAUUCGCGUAUUCAGUGUUAAUUUUCGCAAUGUUGUCUACCAUAACAGCUUAUUUGGUAUUUAGCAAUGUAAAAAUUAAAAAAACAGAAGGUCGUUUUGAAGACGUGGUAAUUGAGUAUUUGUUUCAAUUUUACUUAACUCCUAUAAUUACUUUUCCCUUACAUUGGGUGGAAAGCGCUAAAAUGGCCGAAAUAUUUAGUAAAUGGUACUUGUUCGAGGACCUAUAUCGAAAAAUUAUUGGAAAUAAAAUAUUGAUUCGCAAAAAAAGAAAAUAUACCAUCGUCACUAUUGGUUUAUGGCUUAUGUCAAGCGGAAUGAUGUUUGCUUUGUACAUAACAUUAGCUGAAUUUGAAGCCCUUAAGGUAAUUCCAUAUUGUUUUUUUAACGUUACUAUAUACAUCUUUGGAGGAUUUUGGUGCAUAUAUAUGGACGCGAUAAGAUGCGUCGCGACGCAAUUGGAAAAGGAUUUUAGACGAAGUUUACGCAACAUAGGACCGUCAUAUAUUCCCGCCGAAUUAAAAAUACUUUACAUGUCUCUCAACGAACUACUUCAGGAUUUUAGUAGCGCAUUAUCGUAUUCCUUAAUAUUUUUAUUCUUGUUUCUAUUCGUAACUGUUAUUUUAAGUAUUUACGGCCUGGUAUCUCAAUUAUCCCAAGGAAUAACAUGGAAAGACGUACCUCACGCUGUUACGGCAAUAAUGGCACUUGCUGUCCUGUAUAUCUCGUGCGAAGCGGCAGAAAAAACAACAACAAGCCUGAAAAGGAAUUUUCAAAAGCCUCUAUUACUUUUGGAUACUACGUGGAUGCGGCAUGAAACUAAAAAAGAGAUAACGUCUUUCUUAAGAGCAACUCUAAUGAAUAAUUCAGAUGUCAAUAUAAGCGGAUUUUUUACCGUGAACAGAGGGAUGUUCGGAGCACUUAUGUCAACGAUGGCAACGUAUCUCAUUGUUUUACUUCAGUUUCAAAUUAUACUUCCAGAAGAAAUGGAAGAAGAAAAUAUUGUUAAUAACAGCACUUCUUACAAUGAUUACCUACCCACUGAAGUAACAGAUUAUGGAUAUACAUUUAAUAUUUAGAUUAACUUUUAGA